CAAAGCUGCCAAGUGGAUUCGCAGAUUCUAAUUUUUGUUUACGAAUCAAAAUUUUAUAAAUUAAUGCGGUUUCGAUUUGAAGGAGAAAUAAAACUAUAAGCAUUUAGUUUAGUUCAAUCUGUUCUUUGCAUCAGUACCGCUCACCGUAAAACAGAAUGGUCAGCGAAAUCCCACCCAAGCUACAAAUCGGUCCCAAGGAGGGCGUUCACUAUCCGCUAUCGGUGCAGUACUGUGGCAACUGUUCGAUGCCACUGGAAUAUUGCGAAUACUAUCCGGAAUAUGAAAAGUGCAAACAAUGGCUGCGGAAGAACUUGCCGGAUGAAUUCGAACGAAUCAGUUUAGGAAUAGCGGAAACCGGAACGGUAAAAACCGCAACGUCUACGGCUGCUGCUGCUGGUGGUGCAGCAGGAUCUGCAACAACAACGGAGGACGGUCCCGGUGAGGAAGACAAAAAGCGACAGAAACGAGGCGGUAAAGGUAUCAUGAAAACGAAAAAAGUCAAGGAAGACGGACCGAAGAAGAUUUGCGUGUCACGAUCGGCUCGCGGUCGAAAGAAGUCCGUCACCGUGGUCAGCGGAAUGGGAACGUUUGACAUCGAUCUGAAGGUGGCUGCUAAAUUUUUCGGUACCAAAUUUGCUUGCGGUUCAUCGGUGACCGGGGAGGACGAGAUUGUCAUUCAGGGCGAUGUUAAGGAUGAGCUGUUUGAUGUUAUUCCCGAGAAAUGGCCGGAAAUUGAUGAGGAUUUUAUCGAAGAUCUGGGCGAUCAGAAACGAUAGGUUUGAAUGGCAAGUUCAGUAUCAGGAAUUCUUUAUAAAUAUUUCAGAUAGGACGUUUAAUUUUAAAAAUUAAAUGAGUACAAUGCCAGUCACUAGCCCAAA